AUGGACACUUAUGUUCGAAUUUCAAGCUUAAGAUCCCCCAAUCUCUGCCGGAUAAUCCCUAGAUUCUCAUCCUCCUCGAAAUUCCGUUGUUCCAAGAAAAAUCCGGACGAAUCUCCCAAGAGUGGAAACGACAACGGUGAUAAAUCGUCGUCGAGGGAUUGGGACAAGGCGUGGAAGAGUUUCAAGAAGCAGAGCAAGAAGACAUUGUUCUCGCAAUUCAACGUCGACAAGUACGUGACGUGGAAUCCUCCGAGAUCGGAGUUUCCGUUGUCGGAAGAAGUCGAUCCCAUCAAAAGAGCAGAGAGAUCCAACCUCAUGCUCUGGACAAGUCCGAGGUUCACACUUAUCGGAGCCAUCGUCAUUGUCUCAUUCCUCCUUCUCUACACCAUUCUUGCUCCUGUCAAGUGA